AGUCGUUUAUUAGAAGAUGCUUCCCUAUUAUGCAAUUCGUGGUCAGCACGUCAGAAUGGUGAUAUUUUUGCGGGUAUCAACGAUGGCAUACUCAGCAGAGCGGAGGCCCUCGCCGCCGUCGACAUACAGAAACACCAAGCCCAGCAUGUACAUAGCCAAAUGCCCUCCCAAAUCAAGCACGAUGUGAUGUACCAUCAUCAUACAAUGAGUGGCCCCCCGCAACGUCCAUUACAGCUCGAGGCGGGCCGUGGGCCGUGA